AUAGGCGGGGUUUAACCAUAAUUGUGGCUGUGGUAACUAGUUCGUCCACUAAACCCGCGGAAUCCAAAAUUAUGAAAAUCCAGUUACAAAAAGGCUCGAAAGUUAAAGAAAUUAUUUUUUGUCCUGAAAAUAAAAUAUUGAACCCCUUCUACAAGAACUCCGUCUCGACUGUCUGAGGCUGGACCCACCAUGGGCAGCUACAGUGACUCCACCAGUGACCUGGACGAGGAUCUCCCUGUGUAUGACUUCCUCCAGCCCAGAUGUAGCCUGAGCCAAGCCUCCCAGAUCCACACAGACCAACCAGACCUGGUGGUCCUGGACAGCUCUCAUACAGACCUCCCCAUAGGGUUGGCUGAUGUUAUGAUGAUCAGUAGUGAUGAUGAGGAAGAGGAUGUUCCCUAUAUCCCCCUGGCGCUGAGACUCAAACAGAGACAGGAGGGUUUGGAGCCUGCAUCCUCCACACUCAGUAAUGGACAGGACAACCAUCACUCCUCACCUGACCUUCCUGGUGGUUUAGGCCUGUUGGCACCGAAUGGUCACUCAGAGUCCGAACCUCUAUUCACCUCAUAUGAGACCCUAAACAGUCAUCGUAGGAAGGAGAAAAGUGGAGGACCAGACUGGGAUGACCCAGAGGAGGCAGCUCUCCCUCAGCUGUGGCCCCCGCCAAAGCCAUCCUCCUGGGCUAGGAGCACCAUCUCCCCUGCCAAGAGGAAGCCCUCCAAGAUGACUGGUGAGGAGAUCCAGGGGUCCAGGGAGGUGCUGAGGAGGGAGGCCAGGGAGAGGCAACAGGGGGACAAGGAGGCGCGGAUGCUGCAGCAGGAGAGGCAGAAGGCAGAGAAGGCGGCCCUGGCAGAGGCUGUGAAAGCACUGCGACCAGAGGAGUGCAUCAAACACAUGGUGGUGUCUGUGGAUCCAGCUCUGUUGCAGUUGGAAGGUGGGGGCCCUUUGCUGACGUCACUCCAGGCCAUGGGCUGCAGCUGUGCCAUAGAGAAACAGCCCCUCCCUCGCAGCGUCAACUGGGUCAGGAGAACACCUAGCACUCAGACAGGUGAGGUGUUGUGUAUCCCGGAGGCCCACACAGUGAUGCAAGUACCUGUUGAUGACUUCAUCAACCUGAUCCACAGCUACACUCAGGAACAGAGGAGUGGAGGUGCAGACUGUAGCGCCUCUUUGACCUCCUGGAUCCUGGGUCUGCAGGCUCGCAACCCUGGCAGGACCCCCAGUCUGGUGGUCAUAGACCUGGAGAAAUACUUCAGAUCCCAGAAAUCCCAGAAUCAGAAGAAGUUCCGGGAUGCGGUCCUGGGGGAUGAGCAAGCAGCAGUAAAGGGGGCAGUGAAAAAGAAGAGGAAGAAAGAUGAAGGUGAUGCACUGCCCAAGGUGUCUCGAGUUGAGGUAGAGGAGGCUGUGGUACACCUGCAGCUACACACAGGGGUUCAGGUGCAUUUCCUGUCCACCUGGAAGGAUUUCUCUGACCACAUUGCCAUGGCAACCAAAGCAGUAGCUGAGGCCCCAUUCAAACGAGAGAGGGAGAAGACAGGCUUCUCGUUCUACCUGGAGAGUGAGUGGGCUGGAGGCCAGAAAGUGGACAAGGCUGGGAAAGGACUGCUGCAGGUCUGGAAGAGACAGAUCCAGCAGCUGAACAGAGUCAGCCAAGAUAUGGCCUCUGCCAUCCUCGCUGCCUACCCCUCUCCACAGCUUCUCAACCAGGCGUACAGUCGGUGCAAGUCAGAACGUGAGAAACUGUCACUGCUAUCGGACCUCCUGAUUCGCAGAGGGGAGGGCGUGACUUCCACAACUCGCCGGGUUGGUCCUGAGCUCUCCAAGCGUCUCUGCCUGGUGAUGACAUCAUCAGACCCCCAGUAGACCCUGGACUCCAUGCUUUGACCCUUUUAUGAUGUCAUGCAUCUGACCAGUGACCUCAGUAGUGGAAGAGUGGAGUUGGACUGAUGUUUUAAAUCUGUGUUCUUCAUCACUAGUCUUCAGCCCUGCCUCUGGGGACCUAUAUGAUGUGCAGGCUUUUGCUCCAGCUCAGCACUAACGCACUUCAUUCAACUAAUCAAGGACUUUGUGAUUGGCUAAUCCAUUGUGUCAGACAUGUUAGUUCGGGGCUGGAACACAUAUGUGGGUCCUCAGGAACGUUAACUAUGGAGCACAGUGACAUUUGGAUUUGGAUAGUGUCCCGUUUUAUGACAUCCACCUUGGUUUGUAAUAUACUUUUUAUUUUAUUAAAGCGUCUAAUACAAUCAUGGGAUUUUGACCAAAAUAGAUAGUCAAUAAUAGACACCACCUAUAUUACAUAGCACACAAGUGGGUUAGAGAAACCUGUACUUUAAAAAGACUAGUGAGUUUUCUCUGUUGCUAUUUUAUUUGCUGUUUCUAAACAUUUCCCUAUCUUUGGAUUAGGUAUAUUCACAAGUUUAGACAAGAGCACCACAAUAACUCAAAAUCAAACCAGAGUUUCUAAAAAAAAAAAGGUGUUUUGUGGUUUAUUUCCAAAUGACAACAAUGUUACAAUGAACAGGGGAAAAGAUCAAAUGUUCCUCGUCUUGUACUUGCAAAAAUAUUAAUUAACAGUACAUGGUU